UUCAUUUCCGUUUUAGCUUGCAUAAAAAUGAGGAGAGCAGCUAGGACCCAUUCUGCUACAGUCUCUGCAGCUGAGAAAUCCAAUCAUGAUUGCUUCAUUAGGACUACUGACACUACUCUUAGUGAGCUCAACCUUGGUGGGUUGCCAGGAUGCAGUGAGACCUCAGCUGGAGCAAGAGUCCAUUUCUUGCAUGCUCAAAGACAACAUAACAGCUAGAAGGAACUUUCUCAGCUCAGUAAAGUCCAAGCAUGGAGUAUCCCAAGCUAAGGUACGUGUAAUGCCUCUACCACAUGGGGGAGUUGGGGCUCACAAGUGUUUCAGCCAGUUGAAAUGCCCAGACACAAGUGUCACCUGGUGCUUCAACCUCUACCAUCCUACUAAGCUCAUUGAAAUUUGCUGGGACUCUAACAACAAUAUUCUCAAUAUGACAGAAGGUGCUGCACUGCUUGAGCUAAACCGCUACUUCACAACUGGAGAUGAUUGUAGAGGCGCUAGAGGACCUUGCAUAGCCGUUCACGCAACACCGUUUCUUGUCGAGGCAGGUGCUCUCACUUGUACAUCACAGAAUGACACAUGCACUGCCAAGACGUUCUCUAGAGUUACCGUUGUUUUUCCACUUUCCACUGUUGGUCCUCCUAAUGUGACGUACCAUAACUCAACGAAUGAGAUGGUUAUCGGUCAGCAAAACGUCUACUAUUUCACUGUGGAGGUUGCGUAUGCCUCCUUUCUAGUCUUUGGUGGCAUUCGACCUGGAAUUAGUGCAAUUGGAAUUCAUGCGUACGAUAGCCAAACCCUCUUGGAUUCUAUUCCUGAAAAUCCAUUUUGUGAUGCUCUGAAUUGUUCAAAAAGUGAAGUAGCUGGUUACGUUGAGACUUAUGAAAACUUGAAAAAGCAGCGUAUUCGAGUGUACUCCAUUCUUUCCUUCAUGCCAAUCUGCCCUCGGGAUAUUUUCUUCUUCCAAAUAUGGCUGGUGAUUGAUAAUGCUCAAGAAUCGGAUGCAGGGCUGAACUUUACAUUCAAAUCUUCGAUUCCGUUAGACUUUUUUUCAUCCAGGGCAGCGCUUAAUGUGAUAAAAUUGAACCUGACUGCAGUUACACCAAUCAUUGACAUUGUUCCCCUUGCAAUUCCGUACGAUGUCAACUCAACUACUCACAACAACCGCAGCACACAGCCUGAGCUAGGAGACUCUGUGCAGUGGUCUGUGUCUGCUCAAGCUGGAGUUGGUGAUAGGCUAGUGUGGACGCUGAACGGACAAGAGCUGCCAGCUGUCGAGGCUGAUAGUGACCAUGAAAAGGACAUCCAUUGCUCCGAGUAUAACAAUGUGUAUUACCGGUAUGAUGUUCAAGAAGUGAGCCAGUUUGUAAGAAACUUCACAACCACUCUUUUCCUCUGCAAUGUUUCUCGAAAUCACUCUGGUCGAUAUGAGUGUGCAGUCAUCCGGUCACGAGGGGAUAGGAAUCCAAUUGCCGUAUGGUCUACACAAAUUCGUACCCAGCUGAACAACGCUGAACCACAAUAUACUGCUACAGAGCAAAGCCAAACCACCACCAAUGCAGAGAUACUUGUAAACCCAUUUAUUGUGACCUACAUUGCUGUUGGAGUUUUCAUCUUGGUGCUUUUAGUCACAGCUAUAUUGAUACUGGUCUUGAUGGUGUUUUGGGUCCGAAGGGCCAAGCGUAAGAGACGCUUCAAGAGCAGGCGAACAUCACGAAGAAGUGACUUGGUUGUACAAUCAUUCAGCAAUCGAGCUCGUAUAGACACUGCUUGGAAUCGCAUGGAUGUUCAAGAGCAUGAUGAGCUUGAAUUUCCUAGAGAGAGGCUUGUCUUAUUGGACAAAGUUUUGGGAAAUGGUACUUUUGGAGUUGUUCUUUUGGCCAAAGCUGAGGGGAUUGUGACAAAUUCUCCUGAUAAAAAUAUUGUGGCCGUCAAAACCCGCAAAGCAUCUGCACCAAAUAAUGACGCAGACUGCCUCUGGCAAGAGCUACAGAUUAUGAGGAAGAUUAGACCUCAUCCCCAUAUUGUUAAUCUCCUAGGAUACAGCAGAGAAACAUCAAGUAGCCCUCUGUAUCUGAUUGUGGAGUUUGCACUGUACGGGAGCUUACAAACCUUUCUAAAAGAGUGCAAGGAAGUUGUCCUACAUUUAAAUCAUACACCCCACAUUGUACACCGUAAUGGCCGCCACCAGUCUUGCAACUCUUGCACUGACUCCUCCAUCUAUGCUAACAUGUCUUCAACGGAGCCUGGAAUAAAUAUACAAUCGCUUCCGCCAAGUUAUUUAGAUAUUUCAGCAACUAAUAGUGAGCCGUUACAAGGAAAUGAGAUUGCAAUGAACCACCAAGAAAUCCAAAAUGAUUCGUUAAACCCUGAACUUUCAGCAGAAGCUUGCUGCGGCCCAGCUUCAGCUGCUGUUACUCAUGACUACAUUAACAGCAAGGGCCUACUCUACAUGGAAGAUGUGCAUAACUUUGCUCUACAGAUUUCAAGUGGUUUGAAGCACCUGGCACAACAAAAUAUUGUCCACUGUGACUUGGCUGCAAGAAAUAUCCUCAUCACAGAAGGUUUUGUGCUCAAGAUUGGAGAUUUUGGAAUGGCAAAAGAAAUGUCUGAAAAGGAGUACUACAGAAGAAGUGAGGGUCGAAUUCCAGUUAAAUGGACUGCACCUGAGGCUCUAGAGGAACAUGUUUUCUCACACAAAAGUGACAUAUGGUCAUUGGGUGUAACGCUGUGGGAAAUCUUUUCAUACGGUCAUCGUCCCUUCUCUGAUGUGAAGAUUGGGCAAUCGUGGGAACCUUACAUUCGAUCUCUCAAAGCUGGCAUGAGGCUGGCUAAACCCAACGGAUGCCCAGACUCAUUCUAUAAAUUGAUGCAACAAUGCUGGCGACUAAAUCCAGACGAGCGUCCAUCUGCCUCUAACCUGGUCCACCUAUUCGAGGCAUGCUCUGAUGCUGACAGUGAGAACUACUUGACUGUAGCAGCUACUGAUGGUGAAGAUGGCACACAUAUCGAUAUUUCAGAUGAUGAUACUUCACUACGAUUGGAAGAAAGUGUUGCCUCGUGUGAAAUAGAGCCAUGCACAGUUGAAAUAUCGGAUAUUGAGAAUGGAGAGUAUCAAAAUGUUACAAAUCAUACCCCACAGGAAACUCAAGUGUGAGAUUCAAAACAAACAAGGCUAUAAACAUUCAUUGUCCAUUUCAUAAUUAUUUUUCAUGAAAAGAAUAAUGGUUUUCACUUUUAUACACUUGUCUAAUGUGCUAAAUUCAUCAUGAGAAUGUUCAGUAUGCUUUUAUUGUUCUUCAUCACAAUG